UGUUUGGGGACAGUAGGAAGAUGGCGGCGGCCCCGCUGUACUGUGUCUGCCGGCAGCCCUACGAUGUGAGCCGGUUUAUGAUCGAGUGCGACAUCUGCAAAGACUGGUUCCACGGCAGCUGCGUGCAGGUAGAAGAGCAUCAUGCCGUGGAUAUCGAUGUUUACCACUGUCCCAACUGUGAUGUCGUACACGGACCCUCCCUGAUGAAAAGGCGAAACAACUGGCACAGGCACGAUUACACGGAGGCCGACAAUGGAUCGAAGCCGGUUCAAGCUGGCACCCCAGUGUUCGUCAAGGACCUGCAGAACAGAGCCUUUGCCAGUGGUGAUGAGAUUCUGAUGCGGAUGAAAGGCGAGCUGGUGACACCCAGGUACCUGGAGAGACACGGCUUCAACUACCCCAUCCAGGUCACCGAGAUGGGGGGUCUGGGACUCAAACUACCGGCCCCUGCUUUCUCUGUCAAAGACGUGGAGCAGUAUGUGGGCACCGACAAAAUCAUCGAUGUGAUAGAUGUGGCUCGGCAGGCGGACAGCAAGAUGAAGCUCAGCGAGUUCAUCAAGUAUUUCACCAAGUCCCAGCGACUCAAGGUGCUCAACCUCAUCAGCCUGGAGUUCUCUGACACUAAGAUGUCUGAGUUGGUGGAGGUUCCCGACGUGGCUCAGAAAAUGUCCUGGGUUGAGAACUACUGGCCGGACGACUCCUUUUUCCCCAAGCCCUUUGUCCAGAAGUACUGCCUUAUGGGGGUCAAGGACAGCUACACAGAUUUCCACAUAGACUUCGGAGGCACCUCCGUCUGGUACCAUGUUCUCUGGGGUGAAAAGAUCUUCUACUUGAUCAAGCCCACUCUUGCCAACCUUGCACUAUAUGAGGCAUGGAGCUCCUCGCCCAAUCAGAGUGAAGUGUUCUUUGGGGACAAAGUGGAGAAGUGCUACAAGUGCGUCGUAACCCAAGGAACCACCCUGCUCAUCCCUACAGGCUGGAUCCAUGCUGUUCUCACCUCUCAGGAUUGCAUGGCGUUUGGAGGGAACUUCCUUCAUAACCUCAAUAUUGGCAUGCAGCUCAGGUGUUAUGAAAUGGAGCGUCGUCUGAAAACGCCAGACCUCUUUAAGUUUCCGUACUUUGAGGCCAUCUGUUGGUACGUGGCCAAGAACCUGCUGGAAAUGCUCAAAGAGCUCCGUGAGGACAACUGUCCACCAUCAACCUACCUGGUGGAGGGAGUCAAGGCUUUAAUCAGUGCACUGAAGACCUGGUUGAAAAGAGAGGAGACUGAACCCACCAGUGAGGUACCGGAUAAUAUCAGGCCCAACCAUCUCAUUAAAGAGCUGACCAAGGAAAUCCGCUACUUGGAGGAGGAACCAGUCAGUGUUAGCAAGCCAGUGAAAUCUCAGGGAAGCGGGUGCGGUCUAGCAUCUGGAUCGAACGCCUGCCCGGCCACUCGGUCCACGCUGGAGAAGCUGAGCCAGGCGCGGCGGGCGAGGCGAGCUGCCAGGCGGCUGAGGGAGCAGCAGCGGCAGGCGCCCAAGGUGCCCUCCAACCUGGACAUCUUAGAGCAGCACACCAGGGAGGUGCUGAGGAGGCUGGAGGUGGGGCCGCUCGAUGAGGAUCCAGCGUUCUGUGCCAAGGUUCAUGGGAAGCUCAACAAAGUGUCGACUGCAUCGGCCAUUGCUGCUGCUGCGGAGUCUUUAGAGGACAACCACCUCCGGCUGAUGCUGGUCAACGGCAGAAUCAUCAGCAGAGAUAUGAGGCGACCAGGCAGCAGCCCGGUGAAGACGGAGGGUGAACGGUCAUCUCUUGGCCAGUGUCCACCAAAGAGUUGUGUGGAUGUGAAGUCGGAGUGGACGCAGGACGACCAAGAGCAGCACAGCACGGUCGACAGGCCCUCACUCCUCGCGGGUCUGGAGCGGGUGAAGACUGAACUCAGGGAAGAAGUCUCAGGAGACUCGAGUGUUUCAGAUGUGGAGUCAGACAGUGACUCUCCCACAGAGCGUAAAGCAUCGUCGUCGUCGUCGUCAUCAUCGUCAUCGUCGUCCUCGUCUGAUGAGGAUUCAGAGAGCUCCCAGGAGGAGGAAGAGGAGGAGACGGGCUCAUCGCAGCAGAAAGGCUCAGGGCACGUCAUAGAGCUGGACCCGUCAGGCCACAAACUCAGGCACAAACACAAACCACUCAAACGAGACCGUCCUACCUCACCCAGCACAGAAGAGGCCAUUCAAGGGAUGCUGUCCAUGGCUGGCCUGCUGUGCUCCCCCAAGCCGGAGAAGGGGGCCUCGUCCCAGGAGCCCUGGUGGUCCAGCCCGAGCCAGUGCUCGCGGAUGGAGCAGAGGGAGCCGGGGCAGCACCAGCGCCUCCUGCAGGGGGACAAGAGCCCGAUGGACAGCCAGGGCAACAGCAGCAGCGAGGCCUGGGACAAUCAGGGGCUCCCCAGCCCCCUCAGUCGAAGCCACACCACCAGUCCAGAGACGGACUUCCAGUACUGUGACCCCUCCAUGUCUCCUCCGCUGCACCCUUCCAAGAGACACGCCCCAAACCCCCCACCAAUCAGCAAUCAGGCCACGAAAGGCAAGCGGCCCAAAAAAGGAAUGGCCACAGCCAAGCAGAGACUGGGAAAGAUCCUGAAACUCAGCAGACACAGUCGUGUGUUUGUGUAGAAGUUCAGAAACAACACAGGUGAAAGAAUGAAAGAAGAAGCUGGGGAUUGUAUUCUCCACGGAAAAACAAAAAAGAACCAUUUGUGUAUUUGUUACUGGACACUUUUGUGCUGUAGAAGACAUGAGGGGGGAGGGGGCUCAGCGCCUGGAGUUCACCAUGACUCCGCGUAAAAAAAUUUAAAAAAACGAACUCACUGUGCAUGCUUAGGAGACAGGGUAUUGGAUCUGAAACAAGCGAGUGCACGACGUCACUACAAGCACACUAAGAACAAAACAGACACGAGGAGCGAGCAUGUUGUGACAUUUUCUGCUGCAGGGAAGAAAAAAAAAAAAACCCGACGGACUGAAGCUCCCGGGGGCAUUAAGGACUAAAGUCGACCACACGAAGCGACUAAAAGACAUUCGCCGACACAUCUACUGCUUCCGAUGCCAAGAUCCAUCCGCAUCACGUUUGCUAGAACACACCCCCUCUCCGGAGAACCCCCGCCACUUGCUUUGUCAGCGAACAGGACGAUGGAGCCGCAGGUGAAAUAAUGGCAGAGCUUCUUCUUUUGUUUUCGCUCUGCGGGGAAAACGAGGUGCUUAAAGAGGAGGAGGAGGUGAACUGAAAUUUAAAAAUGGUGCUUAUUUGUUUGUACUUUUUCUCCACUCAUGCUCGUCCCUUCCUGCCCUCACCCGCCUCCCCCUGACCCUCCCCCCUCCCCCGUCUCCACUUUUUAUCUCAAUCACACCAGCAAUAAUGACGUAGAGGAGGAAGGUGAGAGUGAGAGGCAGCAUGUCGGCUGCGCACUUCCCUGUUUG